AUGGAACGAGAAGAAUUAUGUGAUGAUGCUAUAGAACUUGAACAACUUGUAUCCCAAAUGAAAGAAUUAAUGGUUGAACAUGUAAACGAUAGUCGAAAACCAGGCGCAUUAGUUUUGGAUUACAAAUCUCCUAAAGAAUUAAAACAAGUUAUGGAUUUGGAAUUAGGUUACGAUGGUGUUGGGGUUGUAGGAUUAAUGCCAUUAAUACAAGACAUAUUAAAAUAUAGUGUUAAUACUUGGCAUCCGGGAUUUUUAGACAAGUUAUAUGCUGGUACAAAUCCUGUUGGUAUCAUAUCUGAAAUGUUGAUAUCAUUAUUGAAUGCGAAUUCACACGUUUAUCAUGUCUCACCUGCUCUUACAAUGAUCGAAAAUACCGUUUCGCACAGUUUGGCAAAAUUAUUAGGAAUGGGUGAGAAAUCUGGUGGAAUAACUUGUCCAGGUGGUUCUUUUUCGAAUCAACUUGCCAUGAUAACCGCACGGACUUGUAUGUUUCCUGAAAUUAAAACUAAAGGUUAUCAUGCGUUUGGAAAAAAAUUGUUGGUUUUCACUUCGGUCGCUGGUCAUUAUUCCGUUGAAAAAACUGCUAUCGCCUUAGGUUUGGGUACCGAUGGUGUGAUUAAAGUACCAUGUGAUGACCAAGGAAGAAUGAGAACCGAUGAAUUAGAACGUCUGAUCAUAAAAUCUUUUCAACGAGGAGAAUUGCCUUUUUUUAUUAAUGCUACAGCUGGUACCACUGUUUUGGGAUCUUUCGAUCCAUUACGUGAAAUAGGAAAAAUAGCUAAAAGAUAUAGUCUCUGGUUUCAUGUUGAUGGAUCUUGGGGUGGAAGUCUUGUGUUUUCUGAGAAACAUAGCCAUUUGAUAGAUGGUGUUAACUUGGCUGAUACCUUGGUAUUAAACCCUCAUAAAAUGUUAGGUGCUCCAUUACAAUGUUCAUUUUUACUUGCAAAAGAUAAAAAAAUAUUUUCUCAAUCAAAUUCGUUGAAAGCUGAGUAUUUAUUUCAUCAAGAAGACGAUUUAGGUGACGGCACAGUUGGAUGUGGUCGUCGUCCUGACGCUGUAAAAUUAUUUAUAGGUUGGAAAAUAUAUGGCAUACAAGGAUAUCAAAUACGAAUCGAACAUGCUUUUAAAAUGGUUAAAUAUUUAACUUUAAUAGUAAAAAAUAAUCAACGUUUUAAAUUGGUAUUAGAUGAUCCUCCAAGUUUACAAGUUUGCUUUUGGUAUUUACCUAUUGGAAUCAACUUUGAUUUAGAAAAUAAAAAAUUUAGAAUAAUGAUGACAAUGAUCACCAAAGAGAUACAUAGGAAGAUAAUGCAUCGUGGAAAGUUUUUAUUUGAUUAUUCUCCUUUGAUAAUUGGUGAUAAAGAAUUGCCAUGUUUUUUUAGAAUUGCUUUGAAUGCGCCUUCAAUUAAUGAAAAACAUUUAGAUGAUUUGGUGUGCGAAAUCGAAAAGAUGGGUGAAGGUAUUUUAGAGUGGUUUGAAGAAUUUGGUGAUAAAAUUAAUGGUGAUAUGAAAAAUGGCGUUAAUGGAAAUGGAUGUAUUGAUUGCGCAAAUGGACAUAAUAUAGAAAAAGAGGUGAUGAACGGAUUCAACCGAUAA